GCUACAGAGGAACCAUGACGUCGUUUCCGGUAUCACGCCCGACAAUACAACAACAAACCUGCCAAGCUACGGAUCGUGGACGUGAAGACCAAGAAACCACAUUUGGUGGUUGUAUUGCAUUUUAACCCUAAAUGCAAAGCAACCGCACGACAAAAAAUCUUUUUGGUCAGACCCGCAACAAGUUUGAAAGGCAAUGAGAGCAGUGUUUUGCCCCGCUCCUGAUCUACCUACCUGGCCUCCCAGCCAUCAUUGACACAGGUUAGAUUGGUGCCAUGAGGUAAGAAUGAUGACAUUAAAGUGGUGAAUCGUCGACCACAGAUAAUUCCGAGCCCUGACCUCCAACCACCCACCCAUUGUAGUAAUAUGAGCAAUGGACUCGGGGACAGUUGACAGUCCUGUCACCUUGGUCAUCAAGGCGCCCAACCAGAAGUACAAUGACCAGACCAUCAACUGCUUCCUCAAUUGGACUGUGGAGAAGCUGAAGAGCCAUAUCUCCAUUGUGUACCCUAGCAAGCCGUUGUCCAAGGACCAGAGGCUUGUCUACUCAGGAAAACUGCUCCAGGACCACCUGCAGCUCAAAGAUGUGCUCAGAAAGCAGGACGAGUAUCACAUGAUGCACCUGGUGUGUGCCUCCCGCAGCCCCCCAGCCUCCCCAACGCUGCCCCGUCCCUCCUCCCCCACUGCCAACGCCAGCUCCAGCAGUAGCAAUUCCGAGGAUGCCGGCUCCGCCUCCUUGGCCGGUUCAGCCAAUCAGGCAAGUCCACCAACUGCCCCUUCCACCUCCGUACCAGGAGGUAAUGAUGGGCUGAGGUAUCGAGGGGGCUUCCCCCAGUCCGGCGCCCAUAUCACCACCGCUGCUGGUGCCAUGCCUUGGCCACAGGGGACAGCGUUUCCCCCCCAGGCAGGGCUGGGGCCCACCUCCGGCCCCCACCCCAUAUACACGCCCAUGCAGGUCCUCUGGUGGCAGCAGAUGUACGCACGGCAGUACUACAUGCAGUAUCAGGCAGCGGUGGCGGCCGCCCAGCCCGCUACUUCCGCCGCUCCCCUGGCGCCCCCUGGCCCCGCCCCCUCGCCACCGCAAAUGCAGCCGGCCCCGCCCAACGAGCGCAUGCCGGCGGCGCUGGGGCCCAACGCGGCGGCCCCCAACCCUCUGCCCGAGAACCCGCCGGCCAACGCCAACAUCCAGAUGAACGCGCAGGGCGGGGCCGUGCUGAACGACGACGAGCUGAACCGCGAUUGGCUGGACCGGCUGUACGGCGUGUCGCGGGCCGGCGUGCUGCUCGGCAUCGUCUACUUCUACUCCUCCUUCAGCCGCUUCGUCAUGGUGCUCGGAGCCAUGCUGCUGGUCUACCUGCACCAGGCCGGCUGGUUCCCCUUCAGGCCCGAGCAGCAGCAGGACCCCGGGGCUGGACAACGGGACGCAGCUCCGAGGGAGGAGGCGGAACGGCACCGGGACCUCCAGGAGAUGGAGCGACUGAUGGAUGAGGGCAUGGAGGACAAUGACGGUGAGGAGGAGGAAGGUGGAGGAGCAGGAGAAGGCGAUGAGGAGCAGAGCCAGGCCCAGGCCGCCGUCCAGCAGCCAGGCUUCCUCACCUCCGCCUGGUCCUUCAUCAGCACCUUCUUCACCUCCCUCGUCCCAGAGGGACGGCCCCAGCCUGUCAACUAAUGAUCAAGUCGUCCCCCACUCCCACCACAGACACUACCUUAAUGUCCACCGCCGUAGCACGACCCCUCCAUCCACCCGACCAACGCCACACCCCAGAGGCCGUGCUACCCAGGUUCACAGGGUACACUCUCCAUGGGAUAUGACUCGCCAGGAUGGUCUAGUCAGAACAGCCGGAUUUCAACAUGAAAUUCUGAAACAAUGAAUUUAGAUGGAGGGAAAUCUCUCUAGCUCAUACACACACACACACACACACACACACACACACACACACACACACACACACACACACACACACACACACACACACACACACACACACACACACACACACACACACACACACACACACACGUAUGACCUUGGUUCUAAACACCAACAGGAUACUGAAUGAACAAUUCCUUAUUAACUUCAAUCACCCUGCUGGCAUUUAUAACAAAUAUGACCACCAGGUGAACAGGGCCAAUAAUAGCCCAUUUAGCAAAAACAGCCUGUUAAACAAAACGAUAAAUCAACUGACAUUUUAGAAAGAACAACAUUAAAACAUCUAAAACGGCAAGUUAAUGGUACUUCUAUUUGAGAUUUUCUUUCAUUAAUUAUGUGAUCGUACGUAGAAGGGACUUCUAUUGUGAAAAAUUCAUAAAGGCUGCCGUAAUUCAGACACUUGGGAGAUUUCUGUUGGAAAUUGCUGGACGACUAAAGAAAACAUUUUUGUUUUUCAUGUUCAAUUGUAUUUUCAUGACAAUUGGAUAAGAUGAUUGAUUUUCAGUAAUGCAAUGCCAUCGUUUUGCCCCCCCAUAUGAAUUUACAUAAAUAUAUGAAGUUUAUGCAUCGUUAUUAAGCCCUCAAUAAUUGCUCUUUUUAAAUAAAUGCCUAGUUGCAGUUUGACUGAAUGCGCUGUAUUUCACCACCCUCUAAUGAUGUCCACAAGGGGGCGCCGUCGCCAUUCAGCAGAGCCUUGUUGCAGAAGAGGUCUAUUCAGUGCAGUGGUUGUGUUUACUGUUUCAUUGUACUACUUGGUACUAAAGGUACACUGCUGCUGCAUGACUAAGAAGUGCUUGCGCUUUUCUAUUAGAAGUUAAGGAAAUUGAUCCCUAAAAGACUCAGAAAUAAGUUAAACUGCGGUUGAUUAUUGUCCAGUGUACUAUUUGCCACCCUGUAAAUUAAAUAUGGCAUACAAAAAGCAACCUUGUAUAUGGCAAUAAACACACUCAAAAAAG